AUGAGUACUACAACUACAAAAGGAGCUAUACCUGAAGAACCGCCUGUUUAUGCUGAUCUUAGCCAACAAUUUGUACCAUUUGAAGAAUCCGACGAAUCUGCCACACCACCUGGAACGGUUGAAGAAAGCAGACCGGAUGAGCAAUCAGAAAACGUCUAUGAUGAGGCAGUAAGCCGAUCUCCCAAUAGUGAUUGUGACCGGAAUUCCAUCGACUGUGAAUCACCGGAAAUGUUAGGAGAGAUCAGAGCGGCAGAUGAGCAAUCAAAAACAACUGCACAGAUAACUAAACAAUUCCGGAAGCGAAGUGCAAGGCGAAGAGGAGGGAAUGGAUUGUGCCCACCACAUCCGCCGGAAGAUGUGCCAGUUGUGGAUUGGAGUGAGCCAAGUGAAAUCAAGCAUAUAUUCCCCAAAACAUACAACUACGUGGUUUACGCUCAAGCGCGUUACAGUUCCCAGUACCUCAACUUGUCAAAAUGGAGAAAGGAAUUUGAUUUCUUUCUUGAUAAAUACAAAUACUGGCGCGAUAUCAUUCAAAAAAAACAACUUAAUGACCAUAAAGAAAUCACAAAAGCGAAACAACUUGUAGGACAACUGAGAUGGUUACUUGAUCAUUGCUGGGAUGGUGACGAAAGCAAACCUUUAGUACCAGAAAUGUUGUGGAGAGCUCGAAAGGAGGAAGCUCGAAGGUGUGAACAACUACUGAUUCGUAAAGAGUAUUACAAAAGAGAAGCACUGGUGAAGACAGCUGCACCAUCAUUAUCUGGACGUGUGAAUGCCAAUAUACAUUUGGAAAAGCAAGACGAUGGCCUUAGUUGUUCACUUAAAGAAGAUAUGGGGAAGAUUUCAUCCAUGUUUCAGAAAGAGGCUAUUGAACAUACUGAAAUUGAUGGCGACGUUGUUAGAUUAUCAGAAUCGCCAUCAUCUAACAAAUUAAAUGAGGAGGAAGAACAAGAUGACUCGGCGAAUUUUUGGAAAGAGCGUGAUCAAAUUAAGAAGAAAAGAGCGCACCUCUUUUCACUCCAAUUUUUGGUACGUCGUUGGGGAGAUGUUCUAAAACAGCUGCAAACGCCAUCAGGAGUAGUGCGACCGUUAUGUUAUCGUACUUUUGUGCAGAAUCGUGUGGAACAAUACGUUCGAGACUUAGUAACUACGUAUGAAAAGAUCAAAGAUUCUGAUGAUUUCGACGAGCAAAUAAUUCAUGCUCUUUUACGGCGGGAUUUGCUACUGAAAGAGGAUAUGUGUGAAAACGGCUUAGAAUCGCUCACAAACAACUGGGUUAUUUUCGAAUCGAAGUCGCCCAAAGUUUUUAAAAAGAAAGUGGAUAGAGAAAUGAGUUCUCGCGAAUCAUCGAAGUCACCAGCAAAGUUUUCAUCUUCAAGCACUUCAUCGACAUUGUUGAAAGUGAGGGACUAUCUGGACGAUGAUGUGAAACCUUCUACACCUCCAAAAUUGAAUUCCAAAGCUGAGGUCACGAAUGCGAUACAGCUUGCUGCAACAAGAGAUAAUAAAGCGAGCAUACCAGGUAGAUCUGGUUUAACAACUGAUGCUGAAAUCCUUCGACCUGUGCCAAUUAAACCACCUAAUUUGACAGAAGAUGAAAAGAAUCGAUUGGAAUUGCAAGAAGUUGUAGCAGUGGAAGCAUUGUGGGCAUCAUUUGCUAAAACGGAAACACCAAAAUUCAAAGACGACAAGCCAAUACUGGAUGCUAUUGAAGCUGUCUUGAGCUCAUGUAGAAGUUAUCGAGCAGUACUUGAAGUUCCCCUACCAAAAACACUUGCAGAUUUACGACGUACUGCGAAAUUCCGCAACAUUCAUGAAUCAGUAGCACUUCUACAAGCAAUGAUAAUUCAAAGACAUGAAGCAAAAACAGGUCGUCGACUUGAUCUAACUCUUUUCGAAACUCCGGAAAUUAGAAGACUUCGAGCACAGUUUGCUGCUUCAGUUGCAGCACAUCAUUCGAAUCCUGCCGUUUCACUGGGAUCUGCAGAAGUUGCUUCUCAGAUUUCAAGUUCAACUGGAGUAAAAUCUUCGGUAUCGAAUUCAACUGGCGUAAAAUUUCUGGAAUCAUCAUCUGGCGUAAAGUCUUUAGAAAAUGAUAUUAAACAGGAAGUGGAUGAAAUACCACCCAAAAAGAAACAAAAACAGUUGAGUGAAGAAGUAACUGAAUCUAAUAAAGAUCAGUUGGAAAGAGAAGCGAAAUCAAUGAAAAAUGAUGGUAGUAUCGAAAUGUUAGCUACGAGUCGCCCGAAGCGUCAUAUUAAGGCACCACAAAGGUUCAUAUUCGAUGAUGAAGAAAAAGAAGAGGAGAAAAAGAAAAAAACGAUAACGCGCGAACGAACAAAAACUGUCAAAGGAAAUAGUCCAAAAGGAAUAGAAAAACUGAAGGAAAUAUCGCACAAAGAAAAGCAAGAGAGAAAUGUUGAUUCGUCAGCAUCGUCAAUGGAGUUAUCAAACAUGGAAACAAUUGUAGUAAUCCCUGAAGAUGACAGUAUGGAUGCGAAUGACUUUAAUUACUACCCAUUAAACACUGAUAAUGAAAUGUUUCUGGAUCUUGAUUUAGUUAACGUAACAGCUGAGCACGAAUUCAAAUAUGAACCUGGUGGAAUAGUGCAUGAUGUACUUCGAUAUAUCGGCACCUGGAGAAAUGGUACUGUCAAAGAAGUAAGCAGACGUAUAUAUGAACUUUGGACUAAUCGCAAGAUUGCUGAAAUAAGCGAACAAGCAACUUCUGAAGAAAGCAAAAGCAAGGGAACAGAAAGUACAACUGAACAACAGCGAUCAAUAUCGCCGCAAAUUGCACAACAGAAACAAAUAUCGUCCACCAGUUUAUUGACACAACCAGAUGAUAAUAGUAGUUCAAACGAACGGGUGAUAAACCAUAACAAUAUGUCAGGCAUUUAUUCAAAUGAUUCUGUUAGCCGUUUGUCGAGCACCGGUCCAUGUAGCUCACAGGAUAUUACAUUUGACACUACUUCAAGAGAAGAUGGAGAUUGUGGCCCCUGGCGACAAGUAGCAUUUCGAAAAGAGGCAGCACUAAGUGGACCAUUAAAAAUGGAUAAACUAAAGACGCAGUAUGAUCAUUUGCUUAUGAUUUCGGAGAAGAAUUAUGUGAGAAAAUUGUGCUCAGAAUGGAUGUAUGUUCCGGAAGGUGGCCUAUUCGAUGAUAGGGUAAAACGUAUAAGGCAAUUUAUUCAAGAACUGGAAGACAUACUCAACCAACCAGACUCAACAUGGAGAGACUAUUUCAACAUGAAAAAAUAUUUGCAAACUGUGAUUGACAAUGUUAUGGUUGAAUUCAGUGCGCUAUCUGGGCAAGUUGCAUCAACUCAUCUCCUGCGUACGUCUGGUGCCGCGUUUUCAUCCAGCAGAAGCACUGUAAGUGAUAUCGAGCGUGACAGUGCCGAUGUUUCGAUUAGGCCAAAUUCAAAUUGA